AAGUAUUUAGUGUACAAUCUGUAAUAAAAUGAGAGAGCAAAAAACAAUGAAUUUGGCAGAAGUUGAAUUCCUUGCAGAACAUUCCAUGGUUUCAGUUCUUCCUAACUUUAAAGAAAAUAAAUUUAAUAUUUUAACAGGAGAUUUUGGUCCUUUUAAUCCUGGGCUUCCUGUUGAAGUUCCGAUAUGGAUGGCAAUUGAUUUAAAGCUUCGAAAUAAAUGCAGAAUAAAUCCUCCAGCAUGGUUAGAUGUUGAUAAGCUUCAAGAGUUUAAAGAAAAUGAAUCCAAUGAAUCAGUAUUUACUGAGCCUCCAUCAAAACAUUACAUGGAAAUAUCAUCAAUGCUGUUAAGAACAGCACCUGAAGAUAUUCCUAAAGCAGACGAAGUAAGAAGAUUAAUUAAAGAUAUAUGGGAUGUACGAAUGGCAAAAUUAAGGAAGUCAGUUGAUCAAAUGAUCUUAAGCCAAGAAACCCAUGCUGAAAUAAAUAAUUUGACAUGGAUGGAGAUGAGUCAAGUUCGCAACUUAUUACUUCCAGCUCUUAAUGAAAUGUUUAAUAUGAGGUGUUAUGUCGCUCAACUACCAGCCCCUGGUGGAGUUUAAAUAAUUCUUAAAAUAACUAUAUACCAUACCAACUAUAUCCAACAUUUCCUAAAAACUCUUAUUAAUAUGGCAUAAAAGUAGUGUCUGAUGUGAAGACAACAAUUUGUUCGCUAUAUUUGCUCCUAUACUUUUUGUAAAUUUACAGGUUUUUAAUUUAAAGUGUUAUAAUAAAGUUGUUGAUAAAAUUUCAAGUAAAAAUAA